AUGACCAACCAAGAGAACAUGCGGGGCAAUCCCAACCCCAGCUCCAACAACCCGGCCCCAUCAUCCUCAGCCUCAACCUCAAACACCCCCUCAGCCAAACCCCCUUCCACCUCCGCACCCUCCGCACCCUCACUAGCAUCUCGCAUCCAAGCCUCCGCAACAGGCCUAGCAAAAACCGCAUUCCAACCGAGCUCCGACCUAGCCAACACCCUAGCAUCAAGCACAAGUAGCAAACCAGCCGGUCCAUCCUCCCUCCCGAAUACACAAACAAGCAGGGAUCUACCUAAAAAUACCACACCGCAUGGAACCCCCGGUUCCGCCUCCGGGUCUGCAUCUGCAGCACAAUCCUUCCGCGAACACGAUACAUAUACAUCAACACCAGGUGGAUUCGCUCUACCCGCCUUGACAGAAGACGAGUUCCAGGGAAAUACAUACGGAUAUGGAUAUGAUGGACUAGCAGCAGACAACACAGAGGCGGAUCAGCUACGCGCAACCACAACCGCAACCACUACCACCGCAACAAACCAAUCCCAAUUCCAAUCCCAAGACCUCCAAACCCCCUCCUCAACCUGGAAAGGCAAAGCCCGCGCCCACGACCCAACCCAACACCAAUUCGAAACCGUCUGGCAGCGACAAUGGCACGACCAACAAACCCCGCAGACAACAGAUACCCCAACUACGGACGGUGCAGCGGUCGUGUCAUUAUUAUCCGAUCUAAGCUUCGAUCCGAAUUUCGAGGAUCCGACGACUGUACCCGAUACCGAGAUUGAUAUUGCCGCUGCACCGGCUCCGCUUUCUGUUGCGGAGAGGGAGAUGCUUGAUUCUUUUCGGAGGGGGUUGGGGUUGGAUGUGGAGGAGGAUAAGAAUAAGGAAAGAGAUGGGAAUACGCGGUUAACGGGUGCGAGUCUUAUUCCUGAUAUUGAUGUUUUUUUGAGUCAGGGGAUUGGGGCUGAGAGUGGUAUUGGUAUUGGGAGUGGAACUGGGACUGGGAUUGGGAGUGGAACUGGGGCCGGGAUUGAGGAGGGGAAUGCGAUGGCUAUGGCUACGGGUUUCGGUUCCAGUUCUGGUUUCAUUCCUACUUCAAUCCGCGAUGCUGUUUUGAGGAAUAUUCCUGGCGGGAGUCAGUGGGUUGGUGUUCAGGAGACUGAUAUUGAGGUCUUUUUGAAUCAGGGGGUUGAGGUUGGAAGUGGGAGUGGGAUUAGGAUUGCGGAGGGGAAUGCCAUACCUACGGGUGCUGGUUUUACCUCCACUUCCAAUUCUACUUCGAAUUCUACUUCACUCCGUGAUGCUGUGUUGGCAAAUCUCCCUGGUGCGGGUGAUUGGAUUGGUGUCCAGGAGAGAUAUCAUGAUGAAGUAUGGGGAUAUUUGCAGCCUGUGCUUGAGGAGGCGAAGGCGGAGAUUGAGGAGAAGGGGGUUGAGGGGUUGGGACAUGGAGAGGAUGGGCCUGCUGUGAGGAGGUUGAAGAUGAUUUUGAUGCAUAUGAAGGGGUGA